AUGGAAAAACGCAAAUCGGCCGGACUGCUUGCUCUGCCGUCCGCGCUACGUACGGCGCCGCUGGGCGCGCUGCCCCGGAGGGAGCCCUGCAGGGUCUCGGUGCGCCAGGAUGCCGGGGACUGCGCGCGGAGGCGGUCGUACUCGUCCCUGCCGCUGGGGGGCGUCGCCGAGCCCGCCUUUCUGCGCCAACGCAACGAGCGCGAGCGGCAGCGCGUGCGCUGUGUGAACGAGGGCUACGCGCGCCUCCGCCAGCACCUGCCGCGCGAGCUGGCGGGCCAGCGGCUCAGCAAGGUGGAGACGUUGCGCGCCGCCAUCAGCUACAUCAAGCAACUGCAAGAGCUGCUGGAGCGCCACCGGCCGGACUGCAACAGCGAUGGCGAGUCCAAAGCGUCCUCCGGGGCCUCGCCCUGCAGCGAGUCUGAGGAGCGUGGCUAGCAGCGCCCUCCUCCACCGGGCUUUCAUGGUUGCUUUUCCGGGCCUAAAUCUUUAAAACAAAACCAAAAACCAGAAACAACUAAGUGCUUCUGGAUCUGGGAAAGAAAGGUAAUUGAAUGUUUAGAGAGUUUGGGUUUUUUUUUUUUUUUUUGUUUUUUUGUUGUUUUUUUUUUGGGUCUCCUUCCACCUUCAUUGGUUCCGAGCUUGCAGCUUAAAAAAUGCUUAAGGAAACUCAUUUCUCGUACUUUUUACUUUUGAAGCACAGAAGGACCAUCUCAAAUCUAUGCGGUGAUUUUUAAAAACACAAAGGACUGUAAGAAACCUUAGCCAGAGAAGAAAACCACACUUGCACACACACACACACACACACACACACACACACACACACACAAAAGACAAGUCCUUCACGUGAGAGGAACAUUCUCACUCAUUCCUUCCUAUUGGGAAAUGCUCUGGAAAUCUCAUCAACAUCUCACUGAGGGUGAAGGUGGCUGAGCUGACACUCUGUAAGACAUUUGUGGAGCAUCUGUUGGAACUGAACAUCGCUGUGCUAAGAAGGACAAUGCUUGACAUAUACUGCUUUGUCGGCAAGAAGUCGAUUGAUCGGAAACUUUAGCAGGUCCAGCGAAGAAGAACAGGGACUGUGGACCAUCUAUAUGGAUGCUCUAGGUACCACCAGCGGAGAGGAAGGAUGCAGCAAGCCAGGCCAGUGAGAUGGCUCAGUGGGGAAUGUACAAGCCUGGUAACCCAAUUUUGAUCUCUGGAACUCAUUUAAGUAU